AUGGCAGCCAGGUGCUACCUGACUCGAGUAGAGCAAUUCAGUGCAUGUCAUCGGCUUCACUCGAUUGAACUUGACGAUUCCACAAACCAAAAUGUGUUUGGGAUGUGCAAUAACGCGAAUGGCCAUGGUCAUAACUACAAAAUGGAAGUCACACUCUAUGGCGCAGUGGACCAUAAAACCGGAAUGGUGAUGAAUAUUUCCGAUUUAAAGAAAAUCAUACAACAAGAGGUUGUUGCUCUCCUGGAUCACAAAAAUAUCGAUAUGGAUGUGGCUUACUUUCGGGACAAUAAGAUCGUGUCAACCGCGGAGAACAUUUGCAUUUUUAUAUGGAGGCAACUUUCAACGAAAAUAAAUCAUAAUUUACUUUACGAGGUCAAAUUGUGGGAAACGGAUAAAAACAUCGUUGUUUACCGAGGUGAUUGA